AUGGGUUGUACGUCGACAAAACUAAAAUCUAAGAAGGAUAUGUGUUUUGUUAAUGUUCCUCUUUAAGCUGGAAGAAAAAUGAGUAAAGAAGAAGGAAUCAUAUCCAGGGAAUAUAAAAUUAACUCCACAAGGAUUACUUAGGCCAAAAAGUAAAUAGUUAGUGAAGUAUCUCCUGUCUUAAGUGAAGGUAAGAAUGUCUCAAACUUACCUACUCAAAAAGGAACAUAAAAAUCAUGA